AUGCUAACAGAUGAAUGGCUUAUCUUAGCUUAUAUUAUGAUUUUUACUUCUGUAAUUUUAUGUGGUUUUUUACCGAUGACAUUUCGACUUGUUAAUGCACGUCGACGUUUUCAUCGUUAUGAUCUUGAACGUCAAGCUAUUGAAUAUUCUUGUCCACAUGCAUUUUUAACUUCCGAAUCAAUCUAUAGUGAUGUACAAUUGGAUAUUUCUGAUCUACACAAUGACACUCAUCUAGAUUUUCAAAGAAUUGAUUCUAAUGAACAAUCCAUAACCCCCGUUACAGAAUUACCAUUUAUUGAUGAUUCACCGGUUUAA